AUGACAGGAUAUUUUAAAGGCCGACUUAUGAAGAUAAAACGAUCAAUGGUGAUGGCCAAAAGAUUUGCAACAGAUAACGCCACGCUGGUCCCAGAUAUUGAGACACUGAUCUUGCAUAUCAUAUUUGCGCUUCCCACUUCCCGGCCGCCCAGGAUCUGGGACGAUUUCACGAUCCAUGUUGGGAAGAAUGAACAACAGACUAUUAUAUCACUUACAGCUAAGUUGGUAACAAAAUAUGUGGUUGGAGUUUUCGUGUGGUUCAUGAAGAUGUUAUAUAUGAUAACUCCGACAUUGCCAAAAAUACCAAGUAAAAGACAUACACAACUCGUAAUAAUGACUCCAAUGAUAAACCUUGAAGAUGGGUAG